AUGAUAGGUUUCAGUUUCAGUAUUGUUACAUGUUGGACAGCACUUAGCGGUGUCUUUAUCGUCGGCGUGAAUGCUGGUGGCCCACCCGUGAUGGUGUACAGUUGGAUUGCUGUCUCAUUGAUAUCACUCUGUGUCGCGCUACCCAUGGCAGAAAUGUGCUCAAUGUACCCGGUUGCUGGAGGUCAAUACUCCUGGGUAGCUAUUCUGGCGCCACCACGUGUGGCGCGCGGAUUCUCAUAUGUUGCCGGCUGGUUCAUGCUCAUUGGUAUCAUUGCAAUGGGCGCGACAAACAACUUUGUCACAGCCAAUUUCAUCCUUGGCCAAGCGAAUCUCGUCUUUCCUGAAUAUGUCAUCCAGCGUUGGCAGACGGUGUUAAUGGCUUGGCUUAUCGCUUUCAUCGCCACCGGUAUCAAUCUUCGAGGCCCGCAACUCCUCAACAAAAUUUCUCAUGUCCUUCUGUGGUGGAAUAUUUGUUCCUUUAUAAUCAUUACGGUGACAAUCCUUGCUACCAACGACAAUAAGCAGCCAGUGUCCUUUGUCUUCAAGGAAUUCCAGAAUUUCACGGGCUGGGGUUCCGUUUAUGCCAUUGGCCUCACACUCGGCGUGCAGAUGGCCCUGAAUGCAAUUUACUUCGGCACACUGACCGGAUUUGAGACAGUCAUUUCUAUUGCUACAGAAGGAUUUUAUCUGUCCUAUGCCAUGCCGCUUUUGUCACGUCUUUUGGCAUAUUACACCGGCCAUUUCACUGCAUUUACCGGCCCUUGGGCAAUGUCGGUUCCUGUGUCGCUGUGCUUGAACGCUAUCGGGCUGACCUAUCUGCUAUUUGGAUCCAUCACAUUCAACUUUCCAUAUAGCGCCCCUGUUGACAAGGACUCCAUGAACUAUACAUCUGCAGCCAUUGGUGUAAUUGGUGUCAUUAGUGUAAUUACAUGGAUGACAACAGGCCAUAAACAUUUCACAGGUCCAAGGCUUGGACCUAGCGAGAAGCCCAUCAUUGGCGAGGAUUUAGCAGCAGCAGCCGCUCCUAGAAACGAAGAGCUUGCAGUCAAGGCAGGCUAA